AUGGCAGCUUGUAAUGCUAUUCUAGAUUUGUUUACUACAUCGAUUGGGCAGUUUAGAUUGCUGGAGUUGUCUGCGAUUGAUAAUCUUAUUUUUCAUUUUUUUCAGGUACCUAAAUCUUCAAUACCUUCAGUUUCUCUAAGUGCAGAGAAACUAGGUGAUAAAACCUUUUUCAGAUUGGGAUUCAUGGAAGAUGAAUAUCCUAUAUUGCUUCUUCAAGUUGCAGUUACUCUCAUCAAUGAAUGCACGCUUGAGCAGCUCAGGAAGAUCUCACGUGGACACUCCAAAAUUUUAUUAGCAUAUUUAACAACACUGUGGGAAAAAGUGCGCCAAGACAUUCUAAUAGGUGCAGCUCACGAGUCAGAGAGAUUGUUCUAUUUAAGCGGUAUUAGAACUACUAACCUUGCAGAAAGUAUAUUCAGACUUUCAAUGGAAGGAACAUUCACCACUCCAUCCAUGUUCCAAGAGGUUAAAGAGAGCAUCUUUCAAUUGGGCAAGAAUAGUUUUCAAUCUUUUAUUGUGAAACACUGGGAGCAAUCGCCACUGCUAAUAAAAAGACCCUUUAGUGCUUCAUUGCACGAAAAUGUUUUUAGUUCUUUUUCACAAUUUCUUAGGUCCAAGGAAACUGUUCCGUCAUUUCUUGGUUUUUUAUUGCAGAAUCUUGUUUCUGCUCUACCAAUUAGUUCAGAUGAGUUAGAUAUAACUAAUUUUCUCAAGGAUUCCCGAGAAAAGUUAGGUUGCCCUUUACUAUAUCAACAGGAUAUUCGGGUGGUUAAAACUCUGGAAUCUAUCGGAGAGAUACAUUUUUUCCAGGGGUCCUCAAAUGCACAUGAUAUCUUGAGAUGUGUAGAAGCAUAUAAUGAUGGUUACACCUUUGCUAUGCGUGGCAUGGAGUUCCAUUUUGAAGAUAUUGCCAAUAUUUCAGAAGGGUUGGCUUUUCUUUUUGGUCAACCAUCAACAGGGGUAAAUAUGUACUUAACACCUCCAAAUUCCCAGGGGCUAGCUCGUCAUCGUGAUGAUCACUGUGUUCUUGUGUGCCAAAUCAGAGGACUUAAACGCUGGAAGGUUUUUCCUAAUCCAUGCCUGCAAUUACCUCGCUUAUAUGAAAACCUUGAUGACUUGGUUGAUAUAGAGGGUGAGAAUAAUAUAAUAGAUGGAUGCAAAGAGUUUUUAUUGAGAGAAGGUGACAUCUUGUAUAUUCCUCGGGGUUCCCCUCAUGAGGCAUGUACCAUAAUUGGUGGUGAAACACAUGAGAAUGCAGAAUUCUCCCUACAUCUUACUCUUGCUAUUGAGAUAGAGCCUCCAUUUGAGUGGGAAGGCUUUGUCCAUGUAGCAAUCCAUCAUUGGGGUCGAAAAUUUAGUCUUUCCAAUCACGUAUCUGGUGAAAAUUCAUGUCAGAAUCUUCAUGAUACUGCAGUGCAUCUGAUGCAUAUUGCAAUUAAGCUGAUUGGUGAUGUUGAUCCUACAUUUCGAAAAGCUUCUCUUGUUGGUGCAUUUUCAUUCCUAUCCAUUACUGAAGAUUGGUUUCAGACUCACCAAAAGUUAACUUUCAACAAUUUGCUAAAUAAAAUUUUUUCUGAUAUUAAUUUCAAUGCUGUUCUUUCCAGUAUAGAACUUGCUAUUAGAAAAAAUGAAGACAUUUCUGAAAAGUUUAGAUGGAUUUGUCACCUUGACCAAAAAAUGUCUCCAGUUGAGAUUAGAGAUCUCUUUUAUUUGGUAGUUCACCAAAGGGACAAAGUUGAAGCUGCAUUCAUGGAGGUUAAGUCUAAAUUCUGUAAUGAAGUAGUAUUUGAUGAUAUAAUAUAUCAUUAUAACGUUCUCCUAGAAAAAUACAGAAGCACUCGCAAACAAUACAAUAGCGGGAUGUUAGCUCUAAAUUGCACUUAAUUUUAUGAAUAUUAAUAUAGAGUAAAGUUCUCAUUUUCGAAUUCGAUUGGCAAUGGCAUUAUUUAGUGGUUGUAAAAUUGGUGGAAUGGGUCAAAACAUCAAAAUGUGCAGUUUUUUUUUUUUUUGGUGUUUGUCAAAGUGGAUGGGGUUGGGUUGACCCGAAGCAUGUUACUUUUGUUAAUGAACUGUGUGUGUUAAUUGUGGUUAUGAAAUCUACAUUAUUGCAAUAUUAGUCUAAUCCUUAAAUAGUUAUUUAGGAGAGGUCAUACAUAAAUAAUACACUGUCUGCAAAUUUAGACCUGUUUCUUUCUAAAUAUUUAUCCUUUUAUUUUGCUGUUGAUUAAACCUAACCUAGAUUUAUCCAUUCAAUGGGAAGGAGUUGCUGUGUGAUAAUAAUUUUAUAUAAUUUGUUUUCCUAACAUUUUACUUGUUGAGCUUAGUCUUAUAUACAAAAAGCAAAUUUUGAAGGUCAAACAGAGAAUAAAGGAACGUAUGUCAUA